UGGCCGAAGCGCACUGUUCACUCAUGUCCAAGCGGUCUGCAACAGAGCUCUUGACAUCGGAAUCGGGCCAACCAUUCUCUAAAGCUUCCGGGAGUGGAUCGAAGCGCGAAGAUGUCAAUCCGGAUGAAAUGGGCGAGUUUGAAGAUGCAUGGGAGGAUGAAAUCGAGAGCGAUGAGGAGGUAGUUGAUGGCGGAGCUGAAGAUCAGGAUGAAGACGGUAUGGAUGUGGACGUGACUCCAGCCGUCGAAGACUCCGAUGAACAACCGCCAGCUGCAGACGCGUUUAUUCCUGGGAGACACAAACUAGGUCCCGACGAAGUCUUGGAGGCUGAUGAAUCAGUCUAUGUCAUGAGGCAUUCAAUGAAAGUCACUUGGCCCUGCCUCUCAUUCGAUGUCCUCCGAGAUAAUCUAGGCGAUGAGCGGCAACGCUAUCCCGCAACAACCUAUCUCGCUGCCGGCACACAAGCUGAUUCGGCCAAAAACAACGAAAUCGUCGUCUACAAACUAAGCUCUCUCCAUCGGACUCAGAAAAGCGAUGAUGAUUCCGACUCGGAAGAAGAAGACGACGACGACGAGAACCUAGACGAGGAUCCCAUCGUCGAGUUCCGGUCUAUUCCUCACCACGGCGGGGUGAAUCGAGUCCGUGCCCAGCCGCUUCCCGCAUCAACCCAAUUGCCCCCAGUGACUGAGCCUUAUCAUGUUGCAUCGUGGGCAGAAACCGGAAAAGUGCACAUCUGGAACGUGCGCCCUCUGAUCGAGUCCCUCGAUGUUCCGGGAUACCGAAUCGACAAGCAACGCACUCAAGCACCCGUCUACACCGUCAACGCGCACGGCCAAGCCGAGGGAUUUGCGAUGGACUGGGCGGCCACUGGCAGCUCCUUGCGACUUUUGAGUGGAGACAUCCAUUCCAAGAUUUUCCUGACCACGUCGUCCCCAUCUGGCUUCAAUACGGUUGCCCAACCGUUCACAUCUCACACGUCGAGCGUCGAAGAUCUGCAGUGGAGUCCGACGGAGAUGACGGUGUUUGCCUCCUGCUCCGCCGACCAGAGUGUCAUGCUUUGGGAUAUUCGCAGCAAGGCGCGCCAGAGCAUAAGCGCUAUUGACGGCGCGCAUGAUAGCGACGUGAAUGUGAUCAGCUGGAAUAAGUCAACUGCGUACCUCAUGCUUAGCGGUGGCGAUGAAGGAGGCAUCAAGGUUUGGGACUUACGACAUGUCAAGAAACGAGGGACGACAAUCGAGACCCCGACCCCCGUUGCCUCCUUCUCCUGGCACAAGGCCCCAAUCACAUCGAUAGAGUGGCACCCAACUGAAGACACAAUUUUUGCAGCCUCCGGUGCCGAUGAUCAGGUCACUCUUUGGGAUCUUGCGCUUGAAGCCGACGACGACGAAAUGGGUGGUGUCGAAAGUGCAGACGGGAUGGAUCUGCCCUCCCAACUCUUGUUCUGCCACCAAGGACAAUCAGAGAUCAAAGAGAUCCAUUGGCACCCUCAAAUCCCGGGCACGAUGCUCUCCACUGCGUCUGACGGCUUCAAUGUCUUCAAGACGAUCUCUGUAUAAGCUGGUCGUGCUGCGACCCUUGAAAAGUACGACAUGCUCCAAUUUAAUGAUGCAGGUGGAAUCCGUUAUCUCCACGCGGCUCCUACGAGGGCAUUAGAUGGGAUCGGCGACACGCGCAAGUCUAGAUGUAUGUACUUUCAACACAUGAUCUUGCAUUAAGUCCGUGAGGGCGUGAUAUAUGCCGCGAAGGUCGGCCAUGCAUUGACGAAGAAGAAAGAGUUGGUGACUGUCGUGAGCUUCCAAAGCAAGCUGUUCCUUGCAUCAGCGGGGACAACCCAAUCCACUCACUGGACUUACGGCAUAGUCCGCGACUUCGGGAUGCGCCAGGAUGUCAAUGAAGAUUCUGCCACGCUCUCGAUGGUUGUUGUAGGCGAAAUCACACAUGUUGAUCGCACUCUCUUGCGCUUUCGUCAGUUCAUCUUCGAUUCCUAUUCCGUUCGUCAACACACCCUGGACACAUGAACGAUAAUCCAUGACUUACCUGCUUGUGCGCGUGGCCAAUGCGACGAGGGGAACUUGCCCUCACAACCUAUAGGACUAGAGAACUUGUCGACAUAGUCAAAUAUCACGCGCAUAUAUGCAAAGACCCAACACCCACUUGGGCUUCAACGAGUGUAUCCAGAUUUUGAGGACAUCUGUCCACAUGAGCAGUUGUUGGCAUUCCUGCCUCAAGAUAGCUUCAAGUCGCAUCACUUGCAUGUUUUCGUAUCCAGAGUGUUGAAGAAGGACUUUGCUUGUCGAGGAAAGAGAUAUCGCCUCGCCAUGCUCCAACUUCCGCUUCUUAGACUGGGCAGCAUCUUCAUUCGUCUCACGCGAGAUAUUGCUCGUACUGGGGAUAUCGUGCGCAUGGCCGAGCUUGUUCAGGGAUGUGACCAGAUCAUCUAAUUCUCUGUGAAACUUCCUUCGGUACGGAUGCUGGGUGUUCUCGGAAUUUCUCACAAAAGCUGCGCGCAAAGAACUUGAGAUGAAGUCUAAACUGAACUUGGCGAGAGGCGCACCUUCGCGGGGAGAUGACGCAACGCGAUUUUUUCUCCUUCUCUUUGGGCCUUGGAACGAAAUUCCUGAGAAGAAAGUGAGGGUAAUCAUAGCGCAAGAGACGAUUCUGACCUGCAGUCGUUCAUCGAGAGCUUUCUCCAUCGUUGAGCGAAAAGUAAAGGAAGGUGCUACGAUAUGGAAGGGGUGGUUCGUUAUUGCCUGCCUCUCCAGACUGCUUAUUCUAGAUCGAGAUGAGGAGAAACCCAGGCCAUAAGCCUUGUCACAAAUGUCCAUUCCGGCCGGUAGUUCGUGACGUCCUGCCAAUGAUGUUGCUGGGCGGCACGCUUUCUGCAGACGUACCUGAUCAAUCGGCACAUUGAAUGGAAUAUAAAAAGAAUAUUAUGGCAUUCAUCUUUCGAAACGCGUACAUUUCAAUCAACGAAUGCUUGGUCCGUCUCCUACUAGCGUACCGAUCCGGACGCGACGCGUAGACCACGUGGUGCGUGACGCGCUUGGCAUGUGGCAGUGCGCCAUCCUGAGUUGCGCCCAGCAAGUACACCGCUCCGACUACUAGUCCCCGCCCUCACUCAUGCCGAAUGAAAAUGACGAGAAUGACGCUGUGUCUGCCCUCACGGGCUUCUCGCUUUCCAAUCUACUCGGAGACCUUGUUCCUUCAACCUCCAGUCUCACCAACCAACUCGGAUUAAGCGGUAUAGCUGCCCUAAGCUCGAGCCAGAUAUACGGAGAUAGAUGGGACGACGAUGCGGACGCUGUAGGAAGAGGGCAGGGUGAGGAUUGGGAGGAUGAGAUCGACAAGGAACUGGAGGCAGAGGGUGACUAUGAGGACUUGGUAGUAAAAGAUGAACCCCAAUCCCCUGCUGCUUUGAGAAAGCGACCUACAAGACUCGUCACACGUCGUGUAGAACGUCCCAAGACCGUGUAUCAGCGAUUCCCUUCGUUUGACAAGGAUGGAAUACUCGACUUCACGGAGCUCUUCAAGGGAUAUACGGUACAGAAGUCCCGAUUGUCGAAGCGUCCUUUCCACAUCGAGACUGUGUAUCCAAGGAAAAGAGAGACUCCGAGAGGAUACUUGGAAUCUGUGGUGGGAGACACCAAGCGGCAGGUCGAAAACGAGCGUGCGGAGGCUAUUGUGGCAGCCAGCAAUGUCGAGUCGGACCUCCGGAAGGCGAUCGAGGACCGCGAGAAUACGGACAUUCCACUGGAAAAGCUUUCCCUACGAGAUCGCACAUUUGACCUCGUCUCGAUUUCGAACUGGGAAGAUCAGAUCAUAUACGAGCCAGAUCCGCAGGCCCUUGUAAAACCGGGCACCGAUGUCAUAAUGGAAGAUGCUGAGAAAGUGAAGGCGCCGAAUGCCAACAAUCUGAACACCCCUGCGAACAAGGUUCUCGAAUCUGGAGCUUGGACCCAGAGCAUUAUCUGGGAUCCUCGGUCUGCGUUCAAAGACUUCACCCAGAUGGAAUUCAAUCACGAGGACGACAAGAUUCCAGAGGAGAGGACUGUGGAAACCGUACGGGUACGGAAACGAUUCAGAAACGAAGCUGCCAUUCGCGACAAGUUCAACCUGUCCAAUGACCACUUGUACGAAGUAUCGAAAGAUGGUCGCCACCGUGUGCGCCAAACAUUCGGGCAGAUUGCAGUGGAACAUGCGUAUCCGGCCCAGAAACUGCAGCUUCCCUUCUACAAGACACGUUUGUCCAAGCAGGAAGCACGAUCGUUCCACCGACCUGCCCUGCAAUUUCCGUCGAACAUCGAGAUCCACUUUAGCAAAGUGCGCACUGCCAAGAAACGGAAGGACAAGUCUGGGAGGAAGCUUGGCAAGGGUGGAAAUAUCGGCGAGGGACUGCGGAAAACAGCGGACAUUACGCUACGAGACACGAGCAAUUUCGUACUAUGGGAGUUUUCGGAAGAGCACCCACCGAUUAUCCAGAACUUUGGUAUGGCAAGCUCUCUCGUCAAUUACUACCGGAAGAAGAGCGAGAAGGAUGAACAUAUCCCUCGGUCUGACCUCGGUGUGCCUUUCGUGUUGGAGCCUCAAGACGAGACACCCUUCAUGAAGUUUGGCUCGGUGAUCCCUGGACAAACCAUACCAUCAUUGUACAACAAUCUGCUCAGAGCGCCAUUAUUCAAACACAAGCCAUAUCCAACCGACUUCCUGGUAGUCAAGAACACGAUAAAGGGAGAAUCGAAGUACUAUCUGCGGGAGAUCAAGCACUUGUAUGUGCUUGGCCAGACAUACCCUGUGACUGAGGUCCCUGGGCCCCACUCGCGCAAAAUCACAAACACAAUCAAGUAUCGACUGCAGAUCAUCGCCUUUAAACUGCUACAGAAGAGCGCUGGCGAGCGACUGAAGAUCUCUCGCCUGAUGAAGUACUUUCCCGAUCAAAAUGAACUGCAAAUGCGGCAGAGGUUGAAGGAAUUCAUGGAGUACCAUCGACGGGGGCCGCAUCAGGGUUUCUGGCGUCUGAAGCCAGGGUGGAAUAUCCCCCCGGAUGCUGACAUGCUGAAGAUGGUAACCCCGGAGCAGGUGGUGCUGUCUGAAAGCAUGCAGGUUGGUCAGCGCCACUUGCAAGAUGCUGGAUAUGGCCAAGCGGCGGACUCUGUCGACGACAAAGAUGAUCAAUCAAAUCUCUCCGUGGAGCAGCAGCUGGCGCCUUGGAUAACAACGAAGAAUUUCAUCUACGCAACCCAGGCUAAAGCCAUGCUUCGGUUGCAUGGUGAGGGAGAUCCGACCGGGAGGGGGGAGGCUUUCAGCAUGAUUCGGAUCUCGAUGAAAGACAUUUUUGUCAAGGCGGGCGAGAACUACGAACAGAAAGUUGCCGAGGCAGAAAAUCGGCCGAAAUCAGCCCACCGGUACAACGUGGCCGAGCAGCAGGUUAUCUACAAGUCCGAAAUCGAGCGCAUCUGGAAAGCCCAAUUCGACUCGCUGAGCCGGAAAGAUGAGCCGCAGCUGUCCGAGGACGAAAAGGAUGAACGUCAGGGCUCUGUGCGCCCGGAACCGGAGGCGUCUUCUCCGGCAGCAGCUGGCUCACCGGCCGCUUUCAGUCGUGCCUCCUCGAUGGACCGCGAUCCCGAGUCUAGCCGUAGAGUGCUGAGGAUCCAGCGCAAGGUCAUGGGCGAAUGGCAGACGGAAAUUAUCCGCGAUCCAGCAGUGAUCCGAGCUUAUGUUGCCAAGAGACAGCUCAUCGAGGAAGACCAGACUUUGACAGAUAGCUUGGCUCCCACGGGGGAUGCUGACAAAGACGCCAGAGCCAAGAAGAGGCUGGAGGAAGAGAUCGCAAGAAUGAAGAAGAACCAGGAACGCCGACUUCACAGGAAGAACGCCAAGAUUGUCCAAGCGGGUGGCACCCCCAUGCAACUCAAUCGCCCUCUGAAGCCGGACACGACCCGACGGUGCGGACAUUGUGGACAACUGGGUCACAUGAAAACGAACCGCAAGUGCCCGCGAUGGGCAGAAUUCAACACGGCAGGGCCGGCCACCCCGCAGGGUUCCGCUGCUGUCCCACCUGCAAUGCCGGGAACACCCUUCGCGCGGAACCCCACCUUCGGGUUUUCGGUCGCGGUGCCAUCUCCGCUGGCGACCAGCAGCACAGUGCCGGCGACGCCAAGCCAGGACGCGGCUCCCGCUGUGCCCAAGAUCAAGCUCACACUCAAAAAGACGUAG